AAACGGAACGAGCGCUCGUGGCCGCCGCUAACGCCUCUGCUUUCGGUCUGAAACUGAAGCGAAGGCGACGAAGCUUAUUCAUGACAGAAACAAAGAGCCGCGGACCGACUGAUUAGGGGGUAAAGGCCACAACUUGAAGUAUAUAAGCGAGUUGGGAGCAGCAGAGCAUGUAGAUGUCGUCUUUUCACCUGAGGAAUCAAAUCACAGCCACCUCCAACAACAGCCUCCUACAGCCAUGAAGUGCAACCACCUCCUCUCCUGGGCCUUCGUUCUCGUGGCCUCUGGCCCCCUGCUGGCCCACCCCAUCACAGAAUCUGCUGAGAUGCCCUAUGCAGGACCUGUUUCGGUGGAGGACCGAGGAGUCGGCGGCCUGGAUGAUCUGUCUCUAUCCGAGCAAGCCUUCCCUCCACAGGAUGGUGCCGGCCUCAGAUAUUCCACACUGAUAUCUGGGGAGAUUAACAGAGAUGGCGUCAGAACAACAGGUCUGCUUCCCAGAGGGAUGAAAAGAGAGGUCCUACUGGAGAAACAAAGUCUCCUUAAUCCUUUCAGCCACAUUCUGGGAAUCCGGAAACAGUUCAGGAAGAGAGCGGGCAAUUCUGAGUGUUUCUGGAAGUACUGCGUCUAAAACUGUAGCAGCGAAGCUACAAAUGAGAGGCCCAGACUUGCACUAAAGGAAAAAGAUUAAAAACGUUCCCAUCUUGCACUCAGUGAGAAACUCCAUGCAAGUACACAUCUAUGUCCAGGUGUAUGUACUCACACAUACACAUUCACAUACAUGAGUACUGGUUCACACAAAGAUUGAUGAUCAUAUGAUUCAAACAUGUUGCUUGGAGAUUUUCAAAUGAUUUAUUCUUUAAAGUUGGUUGUCUUAUCUAAUGUAUAACCAAAUGUCCCUGUGGAAGUCAAAGGUAACACAACUGUAAGCUGAAUAGAAAUAAAAACUGUAUUAUAAUGAAAACGUGUCCUCACUAAUUUAGUUUUCUUGAUAGAAAGUGUUGGUGCGAAACCUGUGGGUGGAAAAAAAACAAAACAAAAAACUUUCCAAGUACAAGAGGAAACAAAAAGACGUUGCGAAGCUGGUUCUCGAGUUUUCUUGAUUUUUUCCUUUUUUUAUUAUUUUACAGCAGAAAGAAUAUAAAGCAUUCAGAAAACAUCUUCCAUAUUUUAAGGGCAAUUCAAAACGUUUUGCAUGGCUUCAGCAGCUGAAAUCUCUUUUUUUUUUUUUUUUAAACAUAUC